AUGUUUUCCAUACGCGGGGCACACAUUUUCGUUUGCUCAGAAGAAAAUGAUGAAACAUUGGUUAAAAUAAAAGUUGAUUCCAACCGGGUCACAAUUGGCGCUCACCCGCUAAAUAACAUUCGUUUGCAUACUUCGAACGCCGAGCGACUGCAUUGCAAAAUUUUUGCCGAUUCGGCUAACUCGGUGAUCAUCGAAAAUUAUUCUCAACGAAACCCUAUUCUUGUGAACGGCGUCUGUGUCGAGAGUAAGGCGAAAUUACAUGAUAAUGAUAGAUUCGAGAUGGCGGGUUCCACUUUUUUGUGGAGUUUCAAUCCUGAGCACAUCACAGUGGUGUCCAAGCCAACAAAGCGUCCAAACCUGCGUAGGAAAACGAUCACUAUGAAGCGCAUACGAAGCACCGGAGACAUAACAAAGAAAAGUUUCAUCAAGGUACCACAAGCUGUUGGUUUAAUGUUGGAUGAAUAUCGGAAACGCCGAACGAUUCACAGCACAAUGUCUGGACAAUUCCUUUCCAAAAAUGCUAACCUACCAGAUUGUGAGGAUGUUGAUACCAACGCACACUCUAACCUCAGUACCGAAGCAGCGUUCAAUAUUACUACAUCAUCAGAAUUAGCUUCCUGCAUAACACCAACAAUCCAAAAGGAAAACGUAAUACCCGUCCGUACGAAAGCACAGCAUAAUGGCGACAUUAAACUUACUCCGCAAACAUCGGCAGCAAAGAGACGACACCUUGCCUGCCAUACACCUGUAUCUAAUUUAAUUGACUUAACAACACCGUCUACCAAAUCGCGGGAUACUAUUGUAGGGCGUAAACGAUUUUCCAGUCAAAGCAAAGCGGUCCAAUCUCCCCGGAUUUUGGAUAUGAUAAAUAUAGCAACGCCAAGCCCGGAAAGAAUUUGCAGAACGCCAAACUCUUUGAAGGCUGCAGCAUCAACGCCUAAGACUACACUAUUGAAAUCGGCCAUUAAAAAUUCACGAGCACACGACCAACCAGAUGCUAAGAAUACAUCCAUACCUUUAAUAUCUAUGAAGAAAACUCCGAAUGUUAAAUUAAAUACUUCGCGUACCAAUACACCAAAAUUAACUCCGGCUUCAACCAAAACUUCUGAAAAAGUAAGAAAACAUCUUAUAACGACACUGAGCGAGAAGAAAGGAGAUAGUUUGUUAAAAACGGAUUCUCCAGUACCAAUCAUAAAAACAGGAAGAUUUAGCAAACACUCUACACCAACAAUCGCAAAAGGCCACAGAACUCCAAAAAGAGGAAACUUCUCUGUAACUCCGAGGAUUCAGCUUCCCGUACAGUGUAAUAGUCUGGAAUCUGACAAUGGUGAAAUCAAUGUCAACAUGGGAAAUAACGCCGUAGACGGUUCUGCCAGUGCUAUGCCAAUUAUUGAUGUACAAUCAGUGAUAAAGAAACCGAAUCAGACUACACAAAUACGGUCGGCUAAAUAUUCGGAUAUAACUCCGCAUGAAUCAUUUGCGGAUGGGAUAAUGCCUGUAGUUAUGUCAUCAGAAGAGAAUGUGCUAAUGUUACAGACCGAAAGCAUACCACUGAAAGCUAACAUAUUCCAAGACGAGUUAAAACCCAUGAACAAUAUGCUAACAAAUUUUAAAUCUAAUCGCAAUUCUCGCUCAUCGACCGUCGCGAGUGUUACCGCCGAAUCAACCAGCAUACGAAAAACAAUGAGUGAGUUUAGUAGCAGCUUACCCGGAAGUCCUUUAUGUCGUUUUAGCCAUAAACUGGCUAAAUCCAACAUUCAAUCUGAAGAGGAUGCAAUAACAGAUGAGUUUGAAUACGAUAUUGAUGCCCAAGCAAAAGAUGCCGAUGAACAUGAAAAGUUGACAGGCAAUUAUUCAGAAUCACCCGUACAACUGCAUAUAGUUAGCACCCCUGAGCUGAGACAUUCAUGGCGUCAUACUAGAAAGUGUAUAGGCAGCGCUUUUACAUCUUUAAAUACAUCACGUCCGCAAUUAGAUCUAACCGCUGAAAUAGAUGAAAGUCUAGUGUUCAUUGAAGAUGAAGAAACUGGAUCCGAUCACAAUGAACUUUACAACAUGGAGUGCUCUAAAGCAAUAUCUGGGACGAAUGAACAAAUUGUUUUACACAAUCCACCCGUAAAAAAUCACAGAACAGCGCCGAUUGGAAACGUAUCAGAAAUAUCUAUCGUACCAAUUUUAGAAUCAUCUUCGGAUUUUUCUUCUAAAAGUUCUUUGGAAGAUAUAACGACUGAUCCCGGUGCAUAUAAUAAUGCUCUCAUUAAAAGAGAUGAUGUCACAGACAAGAUUUUGGAAUCUCCUCUUGAAGAGAAGACGGCUUAUCUCGAUGCACAUAAUGACGCUUCCAUCAAGAAGGGCAAUUCCACAGAUAAUAAUUUGGAGGCGCGCAAAUCAGUGCAUAGUUUGAAUUUGCCAGAAAACGACGAAGAAGUACUGAAGGAGAUGGAGGUCUUGCAUGCAGUCGAUAAUGACCCAGCAGUAUCCACCUGUGAUGUGCUCUCCAGCAGAAUAAUAUUUGAUUAUGUAUAUUUCAGUUCUCUUGAAGAGGAGACAGCUGAUCUCGAUGCACUUAAUGAUGCUUCCAUCAAGAAGGACAAUUCGAAAGAUCAGAAUUUGGAGGCAGGCACAUCAGUGCAUAUUCUGAAUUCCUCCAAAACAGAUGAAGAUGUACUGGAGGAGAAGAAGGUCUUGCAUGCAGUCGAUAAUGACCCAGUAUUAGAAUCAUCCUUAGAUGUGCUCUCUAGAAGUUCUCUUGAAGAGGAGACAGCUGAUCUCGAUGCACAUAAUGAUGCUUCCAUCAAGAAGGACAAUUCCACAGUUCAGAAUUUGGAGGCAUGCACAUCAGUGCAUAGUCUGAAUUCCUCCAAAACAGAUGAAGAGGUAUUGGAGGAGAAGAAGGUCUUGCAUGCAGUCGAUAAUGACCCAGUAGUAUCAACCUCAGAUGCGCUACUUAAAAGAAUAAUAUUUGAUUAUGUAUAUUUCAGUUUUCUAGAAGAGGAGAUAGCUGAUCUCGAUGCACAUAAUGUUGAUUCCAUCAAGAAGGACAAUUCCACAGAUCAGAAUUCGGAGGCGCGCAGAUCAGUCCACAGUUUGAAAUUCCCACAAAAGGACGAAGAGGUACUGGAGGAGUUGGAAGUCUUGCAUGCAGUCGAUAAUGAUUCAGCAGUAUCCACCUGUGAUGUGCUCCCUAGCAGAAUAAUAUUUGAUUAUGUAUAUUUCAGUUCUCUUGAAGAGGAGACAGCUAUUCUUGAUGCACUUAAUGAUGCUUCCAUCAAGAAGGACAAUUCGAAAGAUCAGAAUUUGGAGGCAGGCACAUCAGUGCAUAUUCUGAAUUCCUCCAAAACAGAUGAAGAUGUACUGGAGGAGAUGGAGGUGGCUACUGCAGCCGAUAAUGAUCCAGUAUUAGAAUCAUCCUUAGAUGUGCUCUCUAGAAGUUCUCUUGAAGAGGAGACAGCUGAUCUCGAUGCACAUAAUGAUGAUUCCAUCAAGAAGGACAAUUCCAUAGAUCAGAAUUUGGAGGCACGCACAUCAAUGCACAGUCCAAAUUUUCCAGAAUACGACGAAGAAGUACUAGAGGAGAAGAAGGUCUUGCAUGAAGUCGAUAAUCAACUAGCAGUAUCCACCUGUGAUGUGCUCUGCAGCAGAAUAAUGUUUGAUUAUGUAUAUUUCAGUUCUUUUGAAGAGGAGACAGCUGAUCUCGAUGCACAUAAUGAUGCUUCCAUCAAGGACAAUUCCACAGAUCAGAAUUUGGAGGCACGCACAUCAGUGCAUAUUCUGAAUUCCUCCAAACCAGAUGAAGAGGUAAUGGAGGAGAUGGAGGUGGUACCUGCAGUCGAUAAUGAUCCAGUCUUAGAAUCAUCCUUAGAUGUGCUCUCUAAAAGUUCUCUUGAAGAGGAGACAGCUGAUCUCGAUGCACAUAAUGAUGCUUCCAUCAAGAAGGACAAUUCCACAGUUCAGAAUUUGGAAGCAUGCACAUCAGUGCAUAUUCUGAAUUCCUCCAAACCAGAUGAAGAGGUAAUGGAGGGGAAGAAGGUCUUGCAUGCAGUCGAUAAUGAACCAGUAGUAUCAACCUCAGAUGUGCUCUCUAAAAGAAUAAUAUUUGAUUAUGUAUAUUUCAGUUCUCUUGAAGAGGAGACAGCUGUUCUCGAUGCACUUAAUGAUGCUUCCAUCAAGAAGGACAAAUCCACAGAUCAGAAUUUGGAAGCAUGCACAUCAGUGCAUAUUCUGAAUUCCUCCAAAACAGAUGAAGAGGUACUGGAGGAGAUGGAGGUGGCUACUGCAGCCGAUAAUGAUCCAGUAUUAGAAUCAUCCUUAGAUGUGCUCUCUAAAAGUUCUCUUGAAGAGGAGACAGCUGAUCUCGAUGCACAUAAUGAUGCUUCCAUCAAGAAGGACAAUUCCACAGAUCAGAAUUUGGAAGCAUGCACAUCAGUGCAUAGUCUGAAUUCCUCCAAACCAGAUGAAGAGGUAAUGGAGGGGAAGAAGGUCUUGCGUGCAGUCGAUAAUGAACCAGUAGUAUCAACCUCAGAUGUGCUCUCUAAAAGUUCUCUUGAAGAGGAGACAGCAGAUCUCGAUGCACAUAAUGAUGCUUCCAUCAAGAAGGACAAUUCCACAGAUCAGAAUUUGGAGGCACGCACAUCAGUGCACAGUCAGAAUUUCCCAGAAAACGACGAAGAGGUACUGGAGGAGAUGGAGGUGGCACCUGCAGUCGAUAAUGAUCCAGUCUUAGAAUCAACCUCAGAUGUUCUCUACAAAAGUACUUUUGAAGGGGAAAUGGCUGAUUGCGAUGUACAUAGUGCGAUGACAGAUCCUGCGUCCGAUUUGCAACAGGUGAACGAAGAUGCAUCGAAAACAAACGAUCAUUCCACAGAUCAUUAUCCUACAAUAGAUUCAUCAUUGCAGAGUGUCAUAUGUUAUGAAAAGGAUGAGAAUUUGCAAGAAAAUGUUGCAAGCCCCAAAAUGCAACAGUCAACUCCGAGAGUUUCUAAACGGCGCUUAUAUUCAAAGAACAUCUUGUCAAGUGCAUCUCUCGAUCAUACGAAAGAAGAAAUUCCGCGUUCCGUUAGUGAUGCAGAAUAUUUGGGAAUAUUAACAGCUUUAACACACAAAGCAAACGAAUCGAAGAAAGGACAAGUAGGCAAUGGAAACACAGAAACAUGCAAAAAUCGUCCAAAAAGGGCUUGUCGAGAAAAAAUUAUUAACCUUUCAGAAAAAUUUUUAAGUGGCCCUUCCCCUGUGCCAAAGUUCGUCAAAUCAAAAUUGAUCGAUCAAGAUGCUCAACACGACGAUACCUUCGAACACCACGACACGAAUGUAGUCACUGACGAAGAGACAAGCUAA